AUGGGAAAAUUCGCCGGAAACUGGAAACGAGUCCGAUCUGAGGGAGGCGCUGCUUUCUUCCUUGCUUUUGGCGCUCCCCAGGAGAAGCUCGAAAAGGCUGCCAAGGCUGAGCUCACCACCACCGUCACCUCCGACGGAAAGAACAUCGAAAUCAAGCGAACCUACUCCCUCGACGGUGAGUCGAAAGAAUCCGUCACCAAGGUCGUCGUCGGCGAAGUUUCCGACAUCGUCGGUCCCUUCGGCCAGAGCCACAAGGUCGAGGUCAAGGCCGACGGUGAAGCCGUUGUCGCCUCCACCACCGACGGUGCCAUCACCAUCCGAUUCGAAAUCGUCAACGACGAGCUCGUCGAGACCUUCUCCGGAAAGGGCAACACCUUCAAGCGAUUCCACGCCCGCGCUUAA